AUGUCCGAAGCCCCUGAAGGGCUUAAGCGCUUGCGCCCAUCGACCGACGAUAGCACCCAUAUUCCACAGCUCGACAAUCCCCGAACGCAAGAUGUUUUUACUUCAAUCGUAAAAGGCCGCAAGAGUUGGAAAACUGCCCGAGGGGGUGAAGUCGUUUGGCCCCCCGAGCUAGAAGCCGCCCUGAUUGAAGGACUGGAAAACUACAAGCCCGACGACUCAAGGGAAACCCGGCUACUGGGUCGUUUCCCUCUCAGAAAUCGGUUUAUUUCUGACUGGAUAUUCGAGAAGACCGGUAAACGCAGGACGGCAAAGCAAGUCGGCAGUCGCCUCCAACAGCUCAGGGACACGUGCGGUGGCAAAAGACUGAUCAAUUUGAUUUCUCCCCGACGCCCGAUCCCUGUGCGAACUUCAUCAUCCCUUUCCCCCAAACCACCGCACCGUGCUGCUUUUACCAAUCCUACUGCAUCUCCGGAGCAAGAGGGCGAAUCAUGCAGUGACACAUCUUCCCCUAGCUCCCCCACAACACCGACAGAGGUUCACGCCACCUUGCAAAGCCUCCUUUAUCGGGGGAUUGCGCUGCCCUCGGAGUCUUCGAUAACUUCUGUGGUAUACAUUGAUUUGCUUUCGAACCUGGACUCGGGUCUUAAAGGCUUGGUCGACGUUCCAAACUCCCCCUCCGACGACGACUCGCUCUUCUGGUCUGAACGCGGCUUGGAGGUCGUCAAAAUCUCAUCGCAGCCACGUUACAUCAUGGACAUCGACCCUACCAUCAGUUUUGUAUCCCGUUCCCCCAAGUCUGGCGUCUCCCUUUUUUCCUUGUACCAGAACGGAGAGCUCAUUCACUCGGAAUCGACUUCGUUGAAGGCGUUGGGAAUGCUACCUGGAAGUGACAGCCAAUUCCUCUACAGCACAUCGCUCAUCCCGUCGUACUGGCAAAAGUUGGCCCACAUACCUAACCUGUCCUCUUAUUCCAUCAUCCACCGAGUUGUUGAGGACAAUGGGGCGAGCGCGCUCUCACGUCCCGUCCUUUUCUCCACCAUGUACAAGUUCAGAUACCCGACGUCGGCCUACUCUCCUGUAUUUGCUUCUUCCCAACGCCUGGACGAGGUGCCCAUACACAAAGACGCUGUCCUCGAUUACGCCGCCUUCGACAAUCUCCUCUCUAUGUCUUCCUCCGAUGGCUAUUCCACGGAUUCUUCAAACUAUGACAAGUCUCAAAACCUCUAUGAUAUCGGCUGUAUGAAACACGACUGGAGUGGUUAUCCUGCCGAUUUUCGAGUCGCGUAA